AUGUGGCCAGGUACAUAUGGCAAGCUUGCAGUCAUGAUAAAUGAAAAUGAAAGGAACAGUGGGGCUUCAUACGCUCGCCACGGUUUUAGUGUUGAAGUGUUUGAUGAUGUAACAAGUUUUAACCUUUCAUUCUCUGUCGAGGCUUCAAGUGAACAAGAUAAAAAUCGUGGACCAUUCACAAAUGACCGGGAUUACGAAUGGAAAUUUACUGGUCACAUGAAAAAACAUUUUGGGCUUGAUAUCAUUGAUACUGGAAUAAAAUUAAUAUCUGAAGAGUCAAAGUCUCGAUGCUUUGCAUCACCGCCAUCUACUAUUGCUGUUUUAAUUUCUUUGGAGUGGUAUAACACUGUUAUAAAUCAAAGCAAUAAAGUUUCUACUGAUUUAUCACUUUCGAAAUUAUAUAAUUUGUUUUUAUAUUUAGAAGAGGAUAUAAUGGCAAUUCAGGAAGAACUUGGUAUUGUCGGUUAUACUAAUCAAGAAAUAGCAGAACAUAUCUCCAAAAAAGAUAAUAUCGCUCCAGUAAUAGAAUUAAUGGCAGAGCCAGUGUCUAAAAGUCACAUGAAAAAAUUAACAAUAUCAGGAAUGAUCAAUGGCAAGGAUACAAAAGGGAUCUAUGAUUCAGGCGGACAGUGUUCAAAUAUUACAUAUGAAAAAGUAAAAGAGCUGAGUUUAGUAACAGAUACUGAUAGAAUAGUUUCCAACAUUACUGAUCAAUUAUGA